AGCAGCGACCGGAGCGCAGGAGGGGCCAUGGGGCGCCCCCCAGCCCUGCUGCUGCUGCUGCUGCUGCUCCCCGUGGCCCCCUCGCCCCCUUCCUGCUUCUCCGUGCCAUCCAUCCCCUCGUCCGAGCUGGAUUUGACCAACAGCACCCAGGAGUGCUCCGAGCUGGACUGGGGACCCUUCCAGGGGCUGCGGCGGCUGCUGCUGAGCCAUAACGGCAUCGGUGCCCUGAGCCCCUCAUCCCGCCUCGGGCCGCAGACGGAGGAGCUGAAUCUGUCCCACAACCGGCUCCGGGAGCUCCCGCCCGCCUUCCUGGGCCAGGCACGGGGGCUCCAGCACCUCCACCUGCAGCACAACCAGCUGCGGGACCUUCCCAACGGAUUCUUCUCCAACGCCACAUCCCUCCGGAGCCUGAGGCUGCAGGGGAACCCCCUGCCCGCCGUGCCCCCCAGCGCCUUCCAGCCCACCCUGCGGCUCCUGGAAUUGUCGUGCGGCUGCCCGGUGGUGAGCACGGCCCUGGCUCCCUGCUCCCGCUCCAACGGCACCGGGCUGCGCUGUCACUGCCUCACCACCCGCUACGGCUUGGUCAACAUCACCCAUUUCCACAGCCAGGAGUGCUGGGGGAAUGUGAGCUUGGUGGCCGGUCUGGCGGGGGUCGUCGGGGGGCUGGUGGUGCUGGUGGUGCUGGUGGUGCUGGGGGUGCUGGGGGUGGUUCGGUACCGGAGGAGGAGAGCGGCCGGGGCCGGGGGCGGCUGGGGUAAGUGGGAACCUGCCGCGGCCCACGGGCAGCCCCGGUACAUCAGCCGGGACCCCGAGGUCGGUACCGCCGAGGCCGCCGCCGCCCCCGAUUAUGAAAACAUCUUCGUGAGCCCCGGGGCGGCCCCGGGCACCGCGCGGGGAUGGACACCGGGAUGGCAGGAGCACAGCCCCCCGGACCCUCAGGAUGACGGGGACUAUUUCCUGCGCAGCGAGACCUUCCCGGGGGACCAGCCCAUCUACGCCAACACCCAGAACCCCGACGGGGACAACUACUACAGCCACUGAGGGGCCUCGGGGGGAGCUGCGGGGGUGGGAGCUCAGGCUCCCCCCUCGGCUUUCCCUGGUGUGUGUGUCCCCCCCCCAGCCCAGAGGGGACAGGGAUUUGCUUUCCCCAUGGACGUGGAUCCCCAGGGACAGGGACACGGGUGGUCCCCACACGCAUUGCCCCAGGGGACGCUUUUCUAGGAGGGGGGGGGUGGUGUGUGUGUGUUUAUUUUUAACACCCCCCACCCCCACCCCCCUCCUUCGCCCCAGUUCCCAGGGCUGUGGUUGGCACUUCCUCCGUGGGGACCGGUGGCCACGACCGUGGGGACGCCUCGGGUGGCAUCCGGUGGCAGCAGGAGCCUUCGGGCAGGGGGGAUGGGGGAUGGGGGG